AGCCAUGGAAACCUGUUUAGUUGCUGCAGUGCGUUUGCGUGGUGAAUGUGCGUGUGCGUGGAUUGUGUUGAAAAUACAGGUUCGAGAGAUUUUCAAGACAGGUUUCUCUAGAAAAUGAACGUAUACAAUGACCUAGUCUGUAUUAUUUUUUAAUUGGACUAGGGAUAUUGAUUUUAUAUAGUUAAUGGUGUUAUCUUGUAGCAUGCCAAAAUACAUAAUGUGCACUCAUUUCAACUCUAAGCUAGCUUUAGCAAGCUAACUUGAACCUUGCUAGCUGCUAACUAACGUUAGCUGUCGCUUGUUAGCUGUCAAGCAAGGCUUGCCGAUUCAGUUGCACUUGCUUGAAUUUCGACUCUAAUUUGGCUUGUGCUACCAAUAUCACAGUCAUCUUAAAGGCAAUUUUUCAUCUGCUUAUUUUUGCGAGGCAGUGCCAUUGCCAAUGAAGCACUUUAAUGAAAAGGAAAGGUUUCCAACAAACAGGUCACUGGAAUUAUGAAGUUUUUAAAAAGGAUGUUCUUCAAGAUCACCCGAAGCUAGUGGAAGUUGGAUACACCAUCGCACUUAAAGAUAUUAUGGCCACAGGGCUAUCAACUUGGAAAGGAAGUCAUGCAAUUAAGUGCAUCUUAACCAUCAAACGACUGUAGGCGACCUUGUAUAUUCAUGUUAAUUUGCUGAGGCAUAACUGACUAAUAUAUUUUUGAUUUAACCAAAAAGCCCUCGAACAAGGAAGAUGGUGCGCCUUUUUGGAUGUGCUUGGAACUGUUCGGGAUCUCAUCAUUGCGACCCAUCUUCUAAUUGCAAGGCAUUGUAACAUAUCAAAGAAGCUCGUCUCGUGGGUGGACCAGCUUUCCCCAAAUCAAAGAAUUCAUCUCACUCAUUCACAGUUUGGAGCCAUGGUCGUAACAGGGCUUUAACACUUUUGACCGCAUUUCCAGUAAGGAGACUAAAAAACAGAUGUUCGUCAGCAAAAUGACUUUAAACCAGUCGAGUCUGUUUGGGCAGGUAGAGGAUCUACAAGACUUGACAUUCAUCGAAAGACCGAUUCGCAGGAGUCUAAAGACAGCAGAAGAGAUUGACAAGUUGACCGUGGAUGAAGAUUUGAAUGACAUUGAGAGGGCGGUCUUUCUUUUAAGCUCCGGUCAGGAUGUCCAGAGAGCCAGUGUUAUAAUCAAUCUGCCAAACCUGGUUCGCCAGAACCCAGCAGAGACCUUUCGUCGGGUGGUGCCAAAAGUCCGGGAGGUCCUCCACGUGGCCGGGGUGGACAUGCAGCUGGCGGCGGCCGUGUCCUUCCUGACCGUGCUCCAGGACGACAUCGUCCUGAUCCAGACGCACACACACUCCAUCCUGCAGAUCGUCCUGCUCAACCUCGACCACAGAGACGCAGUAGUGAGCAAUGCCUGGCUCGAGACGCUGCUGUCAGCAAUCGACGCUUUACCAAAGGAGACCAUCAGGCAGGAGAUCCUGAGUCCGCUGGUGUCCAAAGCCCAGCUCUCCCAGUCCCUGCAGGCCCGCCUGGCCAGCUGUCGUAUCCUGGGGAAGGUGGCCUGCAAAUUCGAGUCCCCCAUAGUGAAGAAAGACCUCCUGCCACUCGUGAGGUCGCUAUGCCAAGACGUGGAGUACGAGGUCCGCUCCUGCAUGUGUCGCCAGCUGGAGAACAUCGCCAGGGGCAUCGGGUUGGACCACACCAAGGCAGCGGUGCUACCAGAGCUGGUGGAACUAGCUCGCGAUGAGGGCAGCACAGUGCGCCUGGCUGCCUUCGACACCAUCAUCAACCUGCUGGAGAUGUUUGACAGCGACGACAGAACCCGUGUUAUCUUCCCACUGGUGAAGACCUUCUGUGAAAAGUGCUUCAAAGCCGACGAGGCAGUUCUGGCUUCUCUGUCAUUUCAGUAUGGCAAGCUUUGUCAUGGACUUUCCGCCUCUUUCACAGACGAGCAGCACCUGUGGUUCCUGGAGUUCUACAAGAAGCUGUGCGUUCUGGGCCUGCAGCACGAGAACGGCCACUCGGAGAACCAGGCGUACCCCCUGGAGCUGGAGAGCAAGUACGCGCUGGUGCGCCGCAACUGCGCCUACAACUUCCCCGCCAUGGUGUUGUUUGCGGAGCCCAACCACUUCCUGACAGAGCUGUACCCCACCUUCUCCAGCCUGUGUCACGACCCCGAGAUCAGCGUGCGACGCACGGUGGCAGACGGCUUCCACGAGAUUGUCAAACUGUUGGGGCCCAACGUGCAUUUUAUCCACAAGGAGCUGGUGGUGUUACUGCAGGAUGACUCAUUAGAGGUGUUGGACGCCUUUCUGACCCAUGUACAAGAGACCCUGGAGCUGGCGACGUCAAGAGGAGAGGGCGCAGGACUGGAGAGCAAGCAGGUGAACGUUCCGGACCUGGUGGCGGCGCUGGCGGCGGCGGAGCAGAAGGCGGCGUCGUCCCUGCGCUGGCGCGUCCACGAGAAGCUGCUGCAGCGCUACGCCUGUCUGCCCCGCGUCGUGUCCGGGGACCAGAUCUACUUCCGCUUCCUGCAGAGGAUGUUCGCCAUUGUCACCACCACCAAUGUUCUCCCGGUCCAGAAAGAGGCGGCGAGGACACUCUGCAUGUUCCUGCGCUACAACCGCAAGCAGGAGCAGAGACAAGAGAUCAUCGGCAAAGUGCUGCAAGAGCUGGGUCAGGGUAGAAGCUACUGGAGCAGACUCCGCUACCUGGACCUCUGUGAGAUCGCCAUCGAGCUCUUUUCCAAAUCCUACUUCUGUAAAAACUUCCUCAUCCAAGCCCUGGAGCUGGUCAACGACCCUGUGGCCAACGUCAGGUAUAAACUGUGCCACAUGCUGCCCCGGCUGCGCUCCACCAUCCGGCUGCCCGCAGACAAGCACCUCCUGCAGCAGCUGGAGUUCUGCGUCCGCAAGCUCCUCUGUCGGGAGAAGGACAAGGAUGUGGUGGCCACCGUCCGCAAGACGGUGUUGGAAUUGGACAAAAUGGACAUCACAGAACCAUACCACAAGAGGCACGAGAGAGACCUGUUGGACCAGAAGAAGGAGAAGGAGGAGGCUCUGCUUGUCGAGAUGGAACAGCUGGAGCGGCAGCAGGGCGAAGCCAAGCUCACCAACGAGAAACACAACGAGAAGAAGCGCAGGGACAGUAAGACAGGGCUGUCGGGGACCAAGGGCAUGUCAGGUUCUACAUCUGGGGCUGCUCUGUCCACCUCCGCUGGCAAGGAGAUGAGGAAGGCCAAGCUGGCACGGAGUCGCUCGCUAAGCAGCCACCCUACUACCCCCAAGACUGUCAAUUCAGACAAGAGUCUAAAGGUGAAAGAAUCUGGCAGCUGUCCCGGAACAGGGAAGAACUCCAUGCUACCCAUAAACGACGACUCCCUGCGCGGCCACCACUUCAGCGUGGCCUCCUCGUCCCUGUCCCCCACCCCGUCCUCCUCCUCCAUGCCCGUGCUCAUCCGCAGCAACGUCCCCAGCACGCUGGAUCACCGGAGCAGCAGCACCCUGGAUCACCGGAGCAGCAGCACCCUGGAUCACCGGAGCACCAGCACCCUGGAUCACCGGAGCGGCUCUCUGGACCACCGCAGCAACACACUGGACCACAGGAGCAACGGGAGCAAGGAAACCCAGUCCAGGAAGCUCUCCAUGCAAAGGAAGUCCAACUCUUUCGGUAUGCAGUCGGGAAGGGAGUGAUGCUAGCUGGAGAGGGCUGAGGAAGAGCUACCCCCUGACAAGGACCUUCCCCCAGAGGUCGAGGCCAAGUGAUCACUACACCCCCCCCCCCUCCUCCCCCCUCCCAUGGGCCCUUCCAUCUUUAUCAAGUUGUCAAAAUGCCCGUACCUCCUGCUUCAGAUUCAAGAAACAAGACUGGACACAUAAUAACUGCUUCCCACGGGCCCUCAGGGGCCAGGUCGGGAGCGUUGUUCUUGCGCUAAAUGGAUACAAACCAACAUCCAUCUCUGCCUUACUCACAUAUACUUGUAACAUUACUUGUAACCUCUGAUGUUCGGGAAAAAAAGAGAGCAAUUCCAAACAAAUAUGUAACAGUAUGUAUUUAAUUUUUAUUUUAUUUAUUGGGCACAUUUUAUUUCUGUAUUAUAGCAUGCUUUGCAAAAGUCUUUUCUUUAUGUUUUAUAUUUUCCAAGUGGCUACGAGAAGCACUAUGUAUUUUUAUGAUUACACAAUCCAUCACCUUUCCUACACAUGUAAUUGGUUCUGGAAAUUCUCCAUUCCACCACUGAGAUUGUGCCUGGUGCUGUGUAGCACCUGAGUGAACCGCCCACGCCAACCUUGAACACCCAAUCAAUAAACCUUAUAUUGAAUGUCUGUAUUUAAUGAGCGUAACUUGAAAUAACAUACAUAGAUUAAUGUAGAUACAGAGUAGCAUUGUCAAAACAGGACUAUGUUUCAGUGAUGAUAAACUUUAAAACAAAAAAAAAGCAUACCUUUCAUCCUUAGUUAAAAUGUAUACUAACACCACAAUACCUCCUGGCUGAUCAUUUUAGUGCA